AUGUCUAACCUCGAUCUUCUUAACGCUGCGCUCUCAGCUAUAAUAACGGGUGGUAAAUUUGUUUCAGAAAAAGAACUUAGCAAUACUCCCAUGGGCAUCCAUCGUCAAAAAGUCGACAUGCAUUCUUUUCAUCAAAUUAAUGUCGUUGGAGACUUUUUUUAUGAUAGUUUUACCCAAGGACAUGAUAUUUUUGACAAUCUCCAAAGGCCAAAAAAUGGUAUUUUGUUGCGUGUAAUGACAAUUACCGGUAAAUGUAUUGUAAUAGAAGUUGGAACUCAUGCUAUCAUUGAUGAAAUAAAGCAUAAAAUUCGCUAUAUAGUAGGUAUUCCACCAGACCAACAACGCUUAAUUUGUAACGGCAAACAAUUAGAAGACGGCAGAACUGUAUCAGACUAUAAAAUUGAUCAUGGAACUACUAUACACCUUGUUUUGCGUCUUCAUGGAGGAAGUGUUAUUGUACAUUACCUAGACCGCGAGUCCUUGGAUCCACGUUAUGAUCGCGAUUUUAGAAAUAUUGGUGAUAAUGGGAAACAACACUUUCGUGGAGGGAUUGAAUAUCGAAAACCAUGUGGAUGGAGACGCUUUGCCUUAAAGGUUGUCGGAAAGUAUGAUGAUGGGGAUGAUAGAUGGCUCGGAACAGAUCAUAAUUCUUGGCCAGUAUCGUAUCAUGGUACUGCAAAGCAUAAUGUGAGAUCAAUUGCAGAGGAUGGUUAUCUGUUAAGUAAGGGAAAGCGUUUUGCUUUCGGUCGUGGUAUUUAUUCAACACCUGAUUUGAAUGUAGCUGAAAUGUAUGCGCCAGAAUUUGAAUGUAACGGAAAGAUAUAUACUGCGGUGUUCCAAAACAGAGUGAACCCAUCGGAUUUAGUAAAAAUUGAGAGUCAGAAAACUGGUCGUGGUGAAUAUUGGAUUUCCCCACAAGAUAGAGACGUCCGGCCAUAUGGAUUAUGCAUUAAAAAAAAAUAUAAUAUCGAUAACAAAAAAUG